AUGGCGCGCGUAUUCGUGGGAAACCUGCCGGAGGACGUGCGCGAGCGCGACCUGUCGGACAAGUUCGAGCGCUUCGGGCGCAUCUCCAGCGUGCGCAUCAAGUUCCCGACGCGCCCACCGCCCUUCGCCUUCAUCGCUUACGACAAUGAAGAAGACGCCAGCGAUGCCGUGCGCUCCAUGCAUGGCGCUAUGUUAUCAGGAUGCCGCCUUCGCGUCGAGAUGUCAAGGGGACUCGUGGACGACGCUCGUCCCCGCGGCACUCAAUACCGAGUCAAGAUCAGCGGCCUCCCCGCCACUAUGAGCUGGCAGGACCUCAAGGACUUCCUCCGCAAGGGGGGAGACGUCGUCCACAGUGACGUGGAUCGACGUGGUAACGGCACGGCGUCUUUUGCCACUUCGGAUGAAAUGAGACGCGCCAUCCGGCAAUUGGAUGGCACGGAUCUGGACGGUGAAAGGGUCCGCGUUCGUGAGGAGGACGCUGGGAGACGCUCGCGUUCCCCCUCUCGCUCUCGCUCGAGGUCUCCUCCAGCUCGACGCUCGAGAUCGAGAUCUCCCCCUCGUCGUUCGAGUCGUCGACGCUCUCCGUCCCGCUCGCGCUCGCGAUCCCCUCGCCGCCACAGCAGCAGCCGAAGCAGCCGCCGUGACCGUUCUCGUUCGCGUUCCCGUUAAUGGGCUUA